GUUGACCACCCGGCAGAAACAAAACUAGCUGAAGCAAAACGGAAAACGGUUGAAUUCUUUAUAUCAAUUACAGCCAUUUCUGAAACAGCGUCUACUGUUUUGUGUUGUUACAACAAAGACGCGUCUUUGACGUUAGAUAAGUGACCUAGCGAAUGUUUACUUAUUGCGAAUGAAAACCGACAUUGGAGUCAAUUGAGUCUUCUUUCUUAACAUCUAGUUAACAUGCUGUCUACUGGAGAUGUUGAAGGUGGUCUCCGUAAACUGGAAGCUCUCCUGCGAGUUAUCAAGUACCCAGGAUAUGUUGACUACAAUGGGCUUUCCAAAGGAGAUCCAUCAGCUUUUCUGCCAAUUGUGAGCUUCGCCCUUACCUCCUCCUCUCCACCUUUUGCUGAGCAACUGAUGGCAGCUGGUCUGGAGCUGACUGGCAAAACUGACCUCCACUUCACCGACACUCUUUAUAAGGUGCUACGAGAUAUCUUCAAUUACAAGCCCAUACUGACCAGGCAGCAGUUCCUCCAGUGGGGUUUCUCUCAUAGGAAAAUUUCUUUCAUCUGUGAUAUCAUUAACUUGAUCCUGCAGAAACACAGCCAGCUGAAGAAGCCCAGAGUCAAAUGCCCUCGCUCCCACAGAGAUGACAGAGGAGAAACUCAUCCAGCGCUGACUGAUACAGGCACUCUCCAUGACCCACAGCCAUGCCAGCCAUCUGUCUCGUCCUAUUCUUCCAGUCCCAUGUUUGAUCCUUCAAAGGAGGACCUUGAAGACAGGCUACAGAGGAUCACCAAAAUCAACACAACCCGGAAAAGAGAAGACUAUCUGGAAUGGCCGGAGUACUUCAUGGCUGUGGCCUUUCUGUCAGCACAAAGGAGCAAAGAUCCGAGCUCCCAGGUGGGAGCAUGUAUAGUGAACCAGGAGAAUAAGAUAGUUGGCAUUGGUUACAAUGGUAUGCCCAAUGGCUGUGAUGAUGACCUGCUGCCGUGGUCUCGCUCUGCUGAUAACCAGCUUGACACUAAAUACCCGUAUGUGUGCCAUGCAGAACUGAAUGCCAUUAUGAAUAAGAACAGUGCCGAUGUGAAAGGCUGCACCAUGUAUGUGGCUUUGUUCCCCUGUAAUGAGUGCGCCAAGCUCAUCAUUCAGGCAGGUCUGAAGGAAGUGGUGUAUCUUUCUGAUAAGUACCAUGACACGCCUCAGAUGGCUGCUUCCAGAAGGCUGCUCAGCAUGGCAGGGAUAAUGUACAGGCAGUUCAAGCCCAAGAGGACUGAGAUUGUCAUCGAUUUUAAUUCCAUUAACUACCCUGGAAUGCUGAACUGCGCGACCAAGUGAAAAUGCAAAUGACUCACCUUGGGGAGCCGUUGAAUGAGGUGGUGAGGCAGAGGAAGAAUGACUAGAUUAAAAGGGACUUUGAUGCUUCUCUUCUGCAUGUCCCCCCCCCCCCCGCUUUGUCCAAAAGAAAACUCAAGGAUACUCUGACUUUGGCAUCUUUGAUAUUUUGAUUUACCGUAUACUCAAGAUGGUUUAAUUUGAUGCGCUGCCCUUUGCGGCUGACUGUGGCAGAAGGUCUUUUGCUGCUGCUUUGGCAUUUCUUCUUUUAAAUUUCCCUUUGUGUCAAGAAAUGCACAAGGCUCCUCAGCAAACUGUUUGGAGUGGGGUUUCUGAUUUUCUUAAGGCUGGGUGCCUGGGGACAAAACCAGAAAUCAGUUUUUUGUCCUCCUGUAAGGUUUCAGACUGAUCGUCUUAUAUGCACUUGACCAUUCUUGACACCGACCUUUCUUCGUGUUCACGGUUGAAGCUGUGUUUUGAGUACUGGGAGCAGCUGUCGUCGUUCUCCUGGUAGCUGUGAUAACACUCAGUGUUGCAGCCGGUGUGUUUUAUGACCGCUUUUGUAAAGGAUGACCAGGCUUCCUAAUCCUCCAGCCUAAAUGUUGUUAAUAUAGAUCAGCUGUAUUCACCUGAAUCUUAUCACACACUACAGCCAAAUGCUAGUUUCAGUUAAGCAAACAUAUUUUUUGCAGUUGGGUUCAUCAAACCUGCUUGCAAAAAGUGAGAUUUAGCCCAUCUCUUCCUUUCCACUUAUUGAGGUCAGCUCUCUAAUGCCACGUCUGGCUGCUGCGGUGAGGGGUCAGAAAUGAGGUCAAAAUGCAGAGAGCACACGGUUUUUAUUUUGGACUUGUCACUGUUACAAAAAGCUUUUAAAGUAUUUUUGUGUGGCUGAUUAUUGGAAGCUAAUUUAUAAAACGAAUCCUUUGUUCCUUUUGUGUCUAUGUACUGUUUAGCUGUGCUUCCACAUAAAUGACCUGGAAGCACUGCUCAAUUCAGUUUUUGUACCUUCAGCAAUAAAAC